UUUGACAGCGCGGCGGUGGAUGGCCGUGGUGGUGGUUGGGGGGAAGGGCAGGUUGUGACGACGUGGAAAGAUGGAGACGGCUUAAGGGCUGAGCGACUGGGUGAGGGCGCGCGUGCGCGCGAGCUCCGUCUCCUCCCCCCUCUGAGGAGAGCCUUGAGAGGGCGAAGAAGAGUGGGUGUCCCCCGCUUGCCUUGCCUUCCUGUCCCUUCCUCGAGGGAGCCUGGUUUUUCUUCAGUGACGUUAACCUUAGGGAAGUGCACAUCAAAUAAGAAGAUGGGAGCAAAUAGCAGCAGCAUUAGUGAGCUUCCUGAAAACGAAUACCUUAAAAAAUUGUCAGGACGAGAGGCAAUCUCGGAGAAUGACCCCUUCUGGAAUCAGCUGCUUUCGUUUAGCUUUAAUAACCCCACAAACAGUGCCGAGUUAAAGCUUUUGGAAGAAGCUGCUAUCUCAGUCUGCAAGUCUUUAGUGGAGAACAAUCCUCGGACAGGAAAUCUUGCAGCACUGAUUAAAGUCUUCCUUUCUAGAACCAAAGAAUUAAAAAUUUCAGCAGAAUGUCAGAACCACCUCUUUAUCUGGCAGGCUCACAAUGCACUGUUUAUUAUUUGCUGCCUACUCAAAGUGUUGAUCUGUCAGAUGUCAGAAGAGGAGCUGCAACUUCAUUUUACCUAUGAGGAAAAAAUCCCAGGCUCCUAUGGAUCAGAAUGUGAAGACCUUAUGGAAGAGUUACUGUGCUGCCUCAUCCAGCUGAUUGUAGAGAUUCCUCUUUUAGACAUAACAUACAGCAUUUCUCUAGAAGCUGUGACAACCCUUGUUGUGUUCCUCUCCUGCCAACUUUUCCACAAGGAAAUUCUGAGGGAAAGCAUCGCUCAUAAAUACCUCAUGCGUGGUCGAUGUCUUCCAUACACUAGCAGACUUGUGAAAACAUUGCUCUAUAAUUUCAUCAGACAAGAGAGAAGCCCACCCGCAGGCACCCACGUCUUUCAGUCGGAAUCAGAUGGAGGAGGAAUCCUUUAUGGAAUUGCAUCAGGAGUAGCAACUGGUCUAUGGACUGUGUUCACAUUAGGAGGUGUGGGAAGCAAGCGGACGCCUCAGCAAGAGGAGUCUUCACCUCUAGCUAAUCAGAGUCUUCUGCUACUGCUAGUGCUAGUGAAUCUGACUGAUGCACCAGAUACUCCAAAUCCUUAUAGACAAGCUAUCAUGUCCUUCAAGAACACACAAGAUAGCACAGUUCUUCCUUCACCAAAUCCUUAUACUUUCCAGAUUAAUUUUAACAGUCUAUACACUACUUUGUGUGAACAGCAGAAUUCUGAUCAAGCAACCCUCCUUUUGUAUACUCUGCUGCAUCAGAACACCAAUGUUCGAACAUAUAUGUUGGCUCGGACAGAUAUGGAAAAUCUGGUUCUGCCAAUUCUUGAGAUUCUUUAUCAUGUUGAAGAAAGGAACUCACACCAUGUUUACAUGGCCCUGAUAAUUUUGUUAAUCCUUACUGAAGAUGAUGGCUUCAACCGAUCCAUUCAUGAAGUGAUAUUGAAAAAUAUCACUUGGUACGCAGAACGCGUGUUAACAGAAAUUUCAUUGGGAAGUCUUCUGAUACUUGUUGUAAUAAGAACUAUUCAGUACAACAUGACCAGAACAAGGGACAAAUACCUUCAUACAAAUUGUUUGGCAGCUUUAGCCAAUAUGUCAGCACAGUUCCGCUCACUUCAUCAGUAUGCUGCUCAGAGGAUCAUCAGUUACACCUGCCGCCACUUGCGGAGAUAUGUGUAUGUCUUGGACAAACUCUAUUUCCCCCACUCCCACUGCUCUACGCUGCAGCAUUGCUUCUCGACCCUCAGUGACAAUGGAGAGGAGCUGUUGUCUUUAACUUGUUCUCACAUUCUCAGAUCCUAUGCUUCCAGUUUGUUUUCAUUGUUGUCAAAAAAGCACAACAAAGUUUUGGAGCAGGCCACACAGUCCUUGAGAAGUUCCCUUGCUUCAGAUGAUUCUCCACUUCCAGAUUACGCACAGGACCUGAAUGUGAUUGAGGAAGUCAUUCGAAUGAUGUUGGAGAUAAUCAACUCCUGCUUGACCAACUCUCUGCAUCAUAAUCCUAACUUAGUGUAUGCACUACUUUACAAGCGGGAUCUCUUUGAGCAAUUUCGAACUCACCCAUCUUUCCAGGAUAUAAUGCAAAAUAUAGAUCUGGUGAUCAGCUUCUUUAGCUCACGGAUUGAGCAAGCUGGGGCUGAGCUGUCAGUGGAGCGAGUUCUGGAAAUCAUCAAGCAAGGAGCGGUUGCGCUGCCCAAAGACAGGCUCAGAAAGUUUCCAGAGCUGAAGUUUAAGUACGUAGAGGAGGAGCAGCCUGAAGAGUUUUUCAUCCCUUAUGUCUGGUCCCUCGUGUACAACUCCGCUGUGGCACUUUACUGGAACCCACAAGAUAUUCAGCUCUUUACUAUGGACUCCGGCUGAAAGGCAGAACAAGUUCAGACCUCGUGUGUGUUUCUGACUGCCCCCCUCUCCCAGAAUGCGUCCCUUCAACCUGAAACCUACUAAGAAGGAAGCUUGUUCCUAUUGUACAGUCCCACUGCUAUUUUCAGGGGGCAUGCUAGAAGCCAGAAUAUUGUGGGGAGGCUGACAAGAUUGUAUGCUAACUUUUAUUUAUAUAUUUGUAAAAACUGAGGGAUGUUCCAGUGCCAGAGAGGUUAGGGGCUUUAAACAUAAAGCAAGAUGUUAGGAGCAACCAGGUUUUUUUGUUUUUUGUUUUUCUAAAUGUAAAGUGGGUGAAAGUGGGAAAAUAUAUUUUGAUUUGUGGAGCUGGAAUUUGCAACUUGAUUUACUUUGAGCUUUCUGUGGGUAUCAUGGUGUUUCACUUCUUUCUUUGCUGUGGGCUUCUCAUUUGAUCAUCAGUAUAGUCUUCUCCACUGACAUAUUGCACAAAACCAAAAGUUGUCUGAAUGAAUACAAUUUAAAGUAUGUUAUAACAAUGUGCAUUAAAUGAGGCAGAGAGGUUAAAUCCUUGGUUUUGUUAAAGCAGAUUUUGAUACUCCUUUUUCAACAAGGAGACAAUAUUCUUGGUGAGGCACUAAUAACUGUCUUAACAAAAUUAAGAGUAGCUUUCCAGGAAUAUCUCCUGCACAAGAUGCCGUCUUCUCAAUUAGGCUUGUGUAGGAGAUCUUCUUGCAGGAUUGUGCCCACUUGCUUCCACAGCACAGGUGCAAUUUUUUGCACACGUGUCUAUGGAAAUUGACCAUGUAAACAAACUUACAGAGAGAACUUUUGAAAUAAUGAACCAGCGCCACAUACAAAGCCUUGACAAACUUGUGUUAGGGAUCAAAAUUUCCCCAAAAGAGAGAUGCAUGCAUACACACACACACACACACACACACACACACACACACAACAUACCAUGUUUGCAGGGAAAGGUUCUGUCAGCUAUAUCUGGAGUUGUGGACAAACCUCUGAAUGUUCUAAAAGGAAUGCCCUAUUAUGUGCUUUGUCGUCAUUCCUGGCUGAAAUAAAUUUGGCAAAAUGCUGUUCUAGCAAAUGAGGGGGGAGGGGGGGAAACAUAAGGUCAUCUUGUCACAUGGAAUGCGGGCUUAUGGUGGUUACAUUCAAAUACAGUGAACCACAUGCCAGACUACAGAGGAAAAGAGACUGAGAAAUAAUGCUGGUUUCUUGCUCUGUGCACUAUGGUCUGUUAAAGAAUAUGGUACAUUUUAUAUCACUGGGGAGGGAAGUAAUUCACAGGAGUGGUGAAGGGAGCUGACAGUCUUCUGAAUGGCUUUAUGCAGGAUAAUUCACUAUGUUUUUAUACUUCUUGACACAUGUUAGAAUUGUGUUUUCAUUCCACGUAUUUUAUAAGCAAGGUUCUGUAAGUAUUCUGCACAACUGGAACUUAAAAUUCCCUUCAUAUUUAUUUAAAAAUCACACAUCUAGAGAAAAACAGACAGAAGUCCAUGGCAUGAGAGUUUAUAGGACAUUGCACAGAGACAAAUUUGGGGAAGAGGCAAUAUGAAGACUGAAUGAUCCACAUUUUCAAAGUGAUGUGUAAAAAGAAAAUGGAAAGGUGUCUCAAAAUAGAAGUAAUUUUUUAAUGCUGUGUUUUGGCUUUAUAUAUAUUUAUAUAUACACACAUAUCUUAGUCAAAGAAGGGUGAGCUUUUUUGUGUGUUUUCUGCUGCCUUGCCUUUAAAUAAAGGACUGCUGACUGCA